AAUGUGAUUAAUUGAGUUUUUUUUUUUGGAAUAUUGAUGAAGUUUUUAUGUUUUGAAUGUGUCGAUGUCAAAAGUGAUGACGAAUUAUAAAAUGUGACAUUUGCGUUAACGAAAUAUUACAAAAGUCAAGAUGUGCAGCAAGGACCAGAUAACGCACAUCCUCGGCAAGAUCAAUGUGGGUGUACCGUCGUGGUCGCGCAGCGUGGAGGCGGCGGAGGCGGCGCGCGCGCGCCUAGUGCGGUGGGCGUGCGGCGAUCCGGCCGCCGACCAGGACACCGCGCCCCGCAAAAAAAUGCCCCACGCCCUGCGCCGUCGCUGGCCCUUCUGCCCCUGUCUACAGAAUGACGAGCCGCCAGAGAUCACCUACUGCGUGGUGGGGGGCGAAGGAGCACUGGCUCUGCACGCCGUCACGCCGACGCAUCCAAUGCCACCGCAGGACGAGCUCGACGCCAAGUUCGCUGAGCUGGUGGAGGAGCUUGACCUGACAGCAGUGAACAAGGCGGCCAUGAUGGAGUUGCCAGCGGCCAAGAAGUGGCAGAUUUACUGCAGCAGACGCCCGCCCAUCGGCUCACAGCCGCUCGCCAGCGCGCCCCAAGUCGAGGAGUACGUUAAGGCGCUGGGAGAGAUCGCAGAAGCAUUCGCUUCUUCGGAAGGCGGUCUCCCAGCGGAAGCGUGCGCGUUAGUGGACGGCUUGAAGACCGCUCUAAGAACUCGCGCACAUAGCUUCGUGUUACGGUUCAUCAAACAAGGAGGCCUCACCACAUUACUGGAAGCGCUACAACGAGCGCCAAGAGACGAAGCGAUCAUCAGACAUAAUCUUAUCGCCGGGAUAAAGGCUCUUAUGAACAACUCGACCGGCCGCGCUCAUGUGCUGGCCCACCCAGCGAGUAUUGACCUCAUCGCACAGUCCUUGGAUACGGAGAACGUCAAGACAAAGGUCGCGGCUCUAGAGAUACUGGGUGCCGUCUGUCUCGUACCCGGCGGACAUAAGAAGGUGCUAGAAGCUAUGGUGAACUACCAGAAGUAUGCAGGCGAGCGCGCCAGGUUCCAAGGCGUCGUAAAUGAGCUGGACCGCAGCUCGGGCGCGUACCGUGACGACCUCGGUCUCAAGACUGCCAUCAUGUCAUUUGUUAACGCUGUACUGAACUACGGCCCCGGUGAAGACAGCCUGGAGUUUCGGCUGCAUCUGCGAUACGAACUGCUCAUGUUGGGGAUACAACCAGUAAUCGAAAAACUUCGUAAAUACGAGAACGAAACCCUCGACCGUCACAUCGAGUUCUUCGAGAUGGUCCGCAACGAGGAUGAGCGCGAGCUGGCGCGACGCUUCGACAAACAGCACGUGGACACCAAGAGCGCGGCCGCCAUGUUCGAGCUGCUGCGUCGCAAACUGAGCCACACUGCUGCAUAUCCUCAUCUCUUGUCUCUGCUGCAGCAUCUCCUGCUGCUGCCGUUGGAGUACAACCCUCACUCACAGCACUGGCUGCUGCUGGACCGCGUUGUGCAGCAGCUGGUGCUGCAGCAGGCCGCAGCCGGCAGCCGCGCCGCCAGCGAACAGGGCUCUCUUAAAGACGACGCCUCCGAACACAAUAAGGUCUACGACCCAGACAUGGCUCCUUUGGAAAUAAACGUCGGCGAAAUAGUUCAUCUUCUAGCUAAAGAAGAAGAAUUGGUCGCUGCUAGAACGAAAGCGGAGAAUCUAGAAAGAGAGAACGUAGAUCUUGCUACAGAACUGGCUAAAAAGGAGAAGCAAGUGGACGAGCGCUCGCAGGAGAAGGAAGAGUUGGAGGGAGUCGUGCAGAGGAUGAAGGAGCGCCUCGAGAGGGAGACGGCCGCGCAUAUGGAGUGGACAGAGAGAGCGCAACAGCUCGAACAGCAGUUGAGUCACGAGCGAGCUGAGCGCGCCCGAUUUGAGAAGCUAGUCAGCGAGGGCAGCAUACCUGAUGAUGCCAAGGUGAGUAACCUGAAGAGUGCAGUGAUAGAGUCGUGUGGUGCGCCCCCGCCCGCCGCGCACCUCCCCGCCGCGCCCCUGCCCACGCCCCGCCAGAGGAAGCACGUGCCCGCGCCCGGCAACCCGCUCAAGAGCUUCAACUGGAGCAAGCUGCCCGACGCCAAGCUGCACGGCACCAUCUGGCAGGAGCUGGACGACUCGCGCCUCUACACCGCCAUUGACCUGCACUCCAUCGACAAGAUGUUCUGCGCUUACCAGAAGAAUGGCGUGCAGAACGAGGGAUCAGUGGAGGAUUUGAGACAACUAGGAGCUAAGCCUCGCACCAAGAUACUGACGGUGAUCGAUGGUCGACGCGCGCAGAACUGCACCAUACUUCUCUCCAAGCUUAAGAUGUCUGACGAAGAGAUUUGUCGAGCUAUCUUGAAGAUGGACAAGGAUGAGCAGCUUCCGAUCGACAUGGUGGAGCAGCUGCUGAAGUUCACGCCCAGCGCGGAGGAGGCGGCGCUGCUGGAGGAGCACCAGGACGAGCUGGACAGCAUGGCGCGCGCCGACAGAUUCUUAUACGAGAUAUCCAAGAUCCCCCACUACUCCCAGCGUGUCCGCACGCUGUUGUUCAAGAAGAAGUUCUCAGGCGCGGCGGCGGAGGCGACCAGUCGCGCGUCAGUCGUGCUGCGCGCCGCACGCGACAUGACGCGCUCGCGUCGUCUGCGCGCGCUGCUGGAGAUCGUGCUCGCGCUCGGCAAUUACAUGAACAGGGGUGCGCGCGGCAACGCGUCUGGCUUCCGUCUCUCGUCUCUCAACAAGCUGGCUGACACCAAGUCCAGCGUCAGCCGCAGCACCACGCUGCUGCACUUCCUCGUGGAACUACUAGAGACGCAGUUCCGUGACGUGUUGCUGCUGGAGGAGGACGUGCCGCAUGUGCGCGCGGCCGCCAAGGUGUGCGUGGAGCAGCUCGAGCGGGACGUGGGCGCGCUGCGCACUGGACUGCGCGAGGUGGCCCGCGAGCUGGAGUACCACGCGGCACGCGCGCCCACCGCGCCCACCGCGCCCACAGACCCCAACGACGCCUUCGUACCCGUCAUGAGAGACUUCCACGCCCACGCCGUCUGCGCCUUCACACAACUAGAAGACCUCUUCCAGGACAUGAAGAGCCGGCUGGAGGCGUGCGCGCACGCAUUCGGCGAGGAGGCGAGCGCGUCUCCGGAGCAGCUGUUCGGUGCGCUGGAUGCAUUCCUCGCGCAGCUGGCGGAGGCGCGCGCUGAGUGUGAUGCUGCACGACGUCGCCGUGAUGAUGAGGAGCGCAGGACGCGGCACGAGCAGGAGUUGAAGAAGCGAACGAUGGAACGCAAGCAGGCGUCCAGUUUGUUAAGUUCAGUUGGCAAGUCCCUCGGCAAAGGGAACUCUGACUGUAACGGACAUAAUGGUGACUCACGAGACGGUACACUCACCAACGGACAGAAGGGAGAGUUUGAUGAUCUCAUCUCCGCAUUAAGAACUGGUGAUGUCUUCGGUGAUGAUGUAGCCAAGUUCAAGAGGUCCAGAAAGACAUCGAAAGCACACAAGGGAAGAGAUUCCCCUCCCCGAGGUGUUUGCAGAGAAGAUUCUAGAGAGAGACAGAAAAAUUGAUCCGAUACGGAAUUGAAUCGGGAAUUUCUUGUAUACCGAGUGAAUCGGGAACGUUAUUAGUCAAAAAGUGAUAUUUUCCAGUUUAUAGACGUGUCAUUUGUGAUGUUUAGGGUCUGAUGGUUGUUGACAGACAGAGGUAGAUGACGCUAUCCUCAAAUACCAAGUUUAGCCAGAAAUUUGAGAUAAAUUUGGUUUCAAGGCCAUUUGGAUUCCAUCGUCAUAACUCCUGUUAAGUAAAUCUAUUCGUAUAUAAAAAAAUCUUAUAUGACAUUAGUCAGUGUUAUCUGAUUUUGAACUCUAUUUGUUAAGCGUUAGAAUAUAAUUUGACUGAAAGGUUGGAUUUGAUGUGAUCUUCCCGGAUUUCUCAAGAUGGAGAUAAAUUCCAAGGAUGAUUAUUUAAUAUUAAAAGGUAAUAAAAAUAGAUAAAUAUUGAAAUAUGUUAUAUAAAAUUGAAUUUCGUAAUUUGGGUGUUUCUUUUUUUUGUACUACAUAUAUUUAAAAAAAAAUAUGGAAAUUGAUCAAUACAUGUUGUGUUAUAAACAACGAAUAGUUUGCAGUUUACAUUUUGUAUUAAUAUUUCGCCUAAUUUUAACAUAUAUAAUUGACUGAAUAGAAGACUGGGGUUUAAUAAAAUUUGCACUUUAAAUCUUUGCCCAUAAGAUUCAUAAUGCCGCGGGAAAUGCUCAGAUAUUUGAUAAAUUAGAAAAUACGUAUCGAUUUAAAUAUCAUGUUAUAUAAUUUAAUGGCCAUAAAACAAUAUUAACAAAUUUUAAUGAUUACCUUUUCGUAGAAUAUUCGAGAAAUAAAUUCUGAUCAAUUUAGUUAGACUUUAAAAAGCUCUUUAUAAAGAUAUUUGCAAAAGGACUAAUUAGAGUAAACAUGAACCAAUUUACAGAAGAAAAUUUAGUAUUUUAAUAUAUAAAUAACAACGCCAUCUAUCGAGGGAAAUAUGACCUUGAUUUUUUAUUUGUACGUUUUACACUGAUUUUUGUACUUUGUAACGCACCGAUGUAAGUAGUUUAGGCUCUGUGUGGAACAUAUCUGAGUUGAAAUUAUUAUAAAAAAAAAUUAACGUAAUAUUUCGUGGUCCCAGUAUUAAGUAUUCGAUAGGAAAUAAUUAAAAAAAGAUCGAAAGUUCCCAUCUUAUAAAAUCUAAAUAAAACUAUAGUUCAAUCGAGUAAUUAUUUUUUUUAAUCGAUUCUUUUCCGUUCAAAGUCUUCCAAUAUUGGAACAAAUAUUGGCUCCAAUAUCCAAGCUUUUUGCGUAAAAGUAUUAAGACGAAAGUGUGACGUCAUCGUGAAUCUGAACGAUUCAAAACCCAAUUGAAAAACGUAAGUGUAAUUUUUGGAUAUAUUUACAU